AUGAGCAAACAAGAAGAUGUAAUCGCCACUAAACCCUGGAUCUCCAUCGCCACUGAACCCUCGAUAUGGGUAUCCAAGACCCUAGCUAAAACCUUAGCUCAAAAGAACCCUCGAUCUCGAUCUCCAUCGCCACUGAACCCUUCACAAACCUACAUAGCAAUAUGGGUAAUGCUUGGCCUUUGCUCAUUUCGAACACUUCCUCUCUCUCUCUUUGCCCAAUUCAUCGACCCCACCAUGGUCCACCUCCAAAACGACCUCAGUUACAAGUCCCAUCUCACCAUUUUCAUCUCUGACUUCGUUGUUGACUCGGAAUUUGGAGAGAAGAAAGCGAAAUUUGGUCUGGGUAUUGUUAUGGCACUGGAGAUGCUGUGGUGGUUCUCUGGUUGGCGGUGUUGUGGUAGAAGAAGAGAGUGGAGUUGGCAGUGGUUGUGGGUUUGCCGAAUAGGUACUGAACAUGAAAAGUUCGGUUUUGAUUUUGGAACUUUACGCCCCAUGAAGUACAAACAAAUAGCAGAGUUGCUCGGCACAAGCUUCGUACAAGAAUUUUCAAGGAAAUCAGAGAAGAGUACAAGCCUACAGGGAGCUUACCGUUUGUUUCUAUUAGAGUCGUGA